UCCCGUUAAUCACCUCGUCGGAGCUUGUUUGCCUGUCGUUUCUUUUCCUUGAUUUGUUGCGUUUUCUGUCUUUGAUCGGGAUGGGCUGGGUUCGAUUUGUUUUCUGUGUAUGAUUGCUUUAUUAUGUUGGAUUUGCUUCUACUUUCUUUCUUUCUUUCUUUCUUUCUUUGGGAGGGGGUGUUGGAUUUGAUGUUGCUUUUUGUUCUUUCGGUUUGGGGAUGGUCGUGGGUGUAGGGUUAGGGCAGUUGAAAUGACAUUAUACGCUGUAGGGUUCCAAGAAAUGGAUUUGCGAGCCCCAUGAUGGAAGGGGAUUGGAGAGGAAUGUAGAGAGAAGAAUAUUGUGGCUGUGGCAGCUGCUGGGUGAUGGAGGGCUGUGACUGCAUUGAGCCUCAAUGGCCUGGAGAUGAGCUUUUGGUGAAGUAUCAGUAUAUAUCGGACUUCUUUAUAGCGCUUGCCUAUUUCUCUAUACCGCUCGAGCUCAUUUAUUUUGUGAAGAAGUCUUCAUUCUUCCCAUAUAGGUGGGUGUUGAUACAGUUUGGUGCUUUCAUUGUUCUUUGUGGAGCAACCCACUUAAUUAAUUUGUGGACUUUCACAAUGCAUUCGAAAGCACUUGCCUUGGUAAUGGCAAUGGCAAAAGUGUCGACUGCGGUUGUGUCUUGUGCAACCGCGUUGAUGCUUGUGCAUAUAAUUCCUGAUCUGUUGAGUGUGAAAACAAGGGAGCUUUUCCUGAAGAAUAAGACUGAGGAGCUUAAUAGGGAGAUGCACCUCAUAAGAACACAGGAAGAGACAGGAAGGCAUGUCAGAAUGCUGGCGCAUGAAAUCAGAAGCACACUUGACAGGCAUACUAUAUUGAAUACUACGCUUGUUGAGCUAGGGAAGACUUUAGGUUUGGCAGAAUGUGCACUGUGGAUGCCAUCCCGUAGUGGUUUAAAUCUUCAGCUUUCUCACACUCUAAACCACCAAAUACCUCUUGGAUCUGUGGUGUCUAUUAACCUACCUAUUGUCAAUCAAGUUUUCAGUAGUAACCGUGCAAUGAGGAUUCAGCAUACGUGUCCAUUAGCAAGGAUCCGAUCACGUACAGGAAGAUAUGUGCCACCAGAAGUUGUUGCUGUCCGAGUACCACUAUUACAUCAUUCAAAUUUCCAAAUAAAUGAUUGGCCUGAGCUGUCUGCAAAGAGCUAUGCAAUAAUGGUUUUGAUACUCCCAUCAGAUAGUGCAAGAAAGUGGCAUGUUUACGAACUGGAGCUUGUUGAGGUGGUUGCUGAUCAGGUAGCAGUUGCACUUUCUCAUGCUGCCAUUUUAGAAGAGUCUAUGCGGGCACGUGCUCUACUCAUGGAGCAAAAUGUGGCUUUAGAUUUAGCUCGUCGGGAGGCAGAAAUGGCGAUUCGUGCUCGCAAUGAUUUUCUAGCUGUCAUGAAUCAUGAAAUGCGGACUCCGAUGCAUGCAAUUAUUGCUCUGUCAUCCCUGCUUCUGGAAACUGAGCUAACUCCAGAGCAGCGCUUGAUGGUGGAAACUGUAUUAAAGAGUGGCAACCUUCUAGCAACACUCAUCAAUGAUGUUUUAGAUCUUUCUAAGCUUGAGGAUGGGAGCCUUGAGUUGGAGAGUGCAACUUUCAAUCUUCAUUCUGUUUUCAGAGAGGCCAUUAAUUUGAUCAAACCAAUAGCAGUUGUAAAGCAGCUCUUGGUAUCGGUUACACUCGCACCUGACUUGCCUUUGUGUGCCAUUGGUGAUGAAAAGCGGCUUUUGCAAACACUUUUAAAUAUUGCUGGUAAUGCUGUCAAGUUUACGAAGGAGGGCCACAUAUCAAUUACAGCUUCUGUUGCCAAACCAGAUUCUCUAAGAGAGCCUCGAGCUUCUGAAUUUUAUCCAAUUGCUAGUGAUAGGCACUUCUACUUGCAUGUGCAGGUGAAGGAUACUGGUUGUGGAAUCAGUCCCCAAGAUUUACCACGCCUCUUUACCACAUUUGCACACUCUCAGACUGGAUCAAGCAAAGGUUUUAGUGGAAGCGGACUUGGGCUUGCCAUUUGUAAGAGGUUCAUAAAUCUCAUGGGAGGACACAUCUGGCUUGAGAGUGAAGGUGUGGGGAAAGGUUGCACUGCAACAUUUAUGGUGAAACUCGGCGUCUGUGAAAAUUCGAAUGGUCAUCUUCAACAAAUUAUGCGAGUGAGUAGGUCAGAUAAUGGAGAAGCAGAUAUUUCUGGCGCUAGAGCAUUCUUUAAAGAUGAGAAUGGGUUGGUGCCCUCCAGGCUUCGAUACCAGCAAAGUGUAUAG